AUUUGAAAAAAAUGGUGGAAGUUUUAAAUCUGUUUUGUUUUGUACGAAAAGAACUUUCUUUUGCCUGUUGAAAUGAAAUAAUUCUUCGAGGUUUUGAAAAGAAAAGAGUAGUUUUACUAUUAUGGACCAAGUACAAGAGCUGUCAGACGCUCUUCCAAUGCCAAAACUACCUUCAUUUCAUGUCGAAAUAAAUCAAUGUGGAUAUAGGUAAUAUGUAAUUUAUUGAUGUGCAGACACACACUGCUGAGUAUGGUAGUGAUGUACUGAUAUGGAAAUUAACCGAUAGUCAAGGGCCGAUAUUGGUUGAUACCGUCAUACCGGUAUUCUAUUUUAGUGUAGUAUGGGUUUUAACUUUUAAACCCAUCAUUAAACUACAAGAGUACAAGUCCAUGGAUACAUGCAUGCUAUAAACAUCUAUUGUUGAAUGUAUAUUGAUCAAUACUCAGGUCAUUAAGUUGUGUUACAAUCAAAUGGUAAUCAAAGAUGUACUCUAAAUUUAAAAUAUAUUGCAUAAAUUUGUAAGGAUGCAACAAAAAUGCCGAUACCAAUAUAUUUUGACAUUAGGACUGAUAUACCCAUAAAUUAUCUGAUAUGCAGAUAUGGAUAUUGUGCAUCACUUAGUAGAGUAUGACACUUCUCAACAAUAUUUUGGAUGUAUCAAUUAAAAUAAAAUGAGGGUGUGCUAAAAUUCUUAGGUGCUGCACCCCUCAGGAUUGUCAUAAAAUGUUUUGGGGUCUGCCUUGGGGAUGUAGGGGGCGAGCACCCCACCUACAGUAGUGGUGUCUAGCACCCCCCCCCCUAGAGAAUUCCAGCACCACCCCAAAAAAAUCUGCUUGACCAUACGUUUUCUGCUUUUCUAAUAGCAGUUUGCAGAGCUUAGAACUACUGUUAAUGUGUGUUAACAAUUAUAGUAUGUAAAAGUAUAGUAAAAAUGCCUGACACUUCAUCUUGCUUCUAAGUGAGUUGUUGCAGUAUCUGGUCCUUAGUGUGUUGUGUUUUAUUGCAUUUUCUAGCACAGUCCGACAACAACUAGUAAAACAGGCAGUGGAAGAAUUUCUUUAUGACGUAAUUCAGACUAUCCAUGGUGACACAUGUUUUACUGAGUUCACAGAUGAGUUUUUGAAAGAACAUGUAAAAAGUGUCUCUGUUGUUUCUGACACAGAUUAUUUCAGCAAAUAUGGCCAGGUAUUAAAUAACUAAUGGAUUAACUCAUUUAUGCCCAACGCUAUCCCCUGCAGUGCUGAAAAAUAUCCGGCAGCACCUUUGCUAGGAAAUUUGUAACAAAAUAUCUUAGCAGGAAAUUUUCUUAUAUAUGUUGCAUGAAAUUUUAGCUUUGUAUUAAAAAAAAAGAAGAAAAAAAAGCAAUUGAAAUUUUUAUCAUUUGAAUGCCAUAUAAUUUACUUAUUUUUUUACAAAAGCAUCUCGCAAGGUGAGAUUGUCUUGUACUGGGCCUGACGUUUUCAGUUUGUCACAAUGUGCUAGGGGUGCACCGGAUUUGGAAUGUUAAAAUCCGGCCGGAACCGGAUUUACCGGAUUUGGACAAAAAUUCCGGCCGGAUUUGGGAAAACCCGGUAAUGGGGACAAUUGGGGAUAAAUCAGUAUUCAAAAUGACGGCUUAUGUUUUUUACUAUUUUUAGUUAAUAGUGUCAGUUUAGAUUUUUGAUUGUGUUUAAACCUUUUUUAAACAUCUUUUUGUUAAUAACUUAAUAUUUUAUAAUAAUAUAAUUGUUUUUUUAAACUUUAAAGCUGCCAAAUUGAUGGUUUAUCCCAUUCUUGCUGAAUUUUUUAAGGUGAAAACAGAAAUUUAAAUCCGGCCGGAUUUUCUCCAAAUCCGGCCGGAUGCCGGAAAAUUCGUUAAAUCCGGCCGGAUUUGAAAUCCGGUGCACCCCUACAAUGUGCACAUAACAGUUAUAGCAUGCCAAAAACAGGCAUACAGUAGUACUUUACAGCCACAAACCGUGGCUAUUCUAAGGUAUGCCGGAAUCCAGCAUACUUUAUAGCCAUGCACAGACCGACUUUAUAACCACAAACUGUGGCUAUUAAAUUAUUAUAAUAAUACACCCUUUUCAUAAAUGUCUGCCGAUUAAAAAUUCGUUUAUGUGCAUAUAAAUUGGCCCAACUAGCCUUGUUUCUUUGUAGAAAUUCCUUUGAAAUCUUAACAUGAGUACGAGGCUAGUUGGGCCAAUUUAUAUGCACAUAAAAGAAUUUUUAAUCGGCCGCCAUUUAUGAAAAGGGUGUAUUCAGGCAUGCUGAAAGCAGGCAUACUUUAUAGGCACAAGCCAGUGUCUAUAUGAGGUAUAGUAUGUUGAAAACAGGCAUUAGAUAGUAAUUUGUAAAUAAUGAGCUUUUGUAGGUUAAUUUAAGGGAUGCAACUACCUGAAAAUCUAAGGAGAAUUUCGACCAAUUAAAUCGAUUUAGUCAAAACAAAUUAUAAACAUUACAAAAAAUGUAAAUCACAUUGCAGAAUAUAUUAAUACAAAUAUAUACAGAAAACUACAACAAAUAUGUAAGGUAAGAAUUAAAAAUACUGUCAAUGUACUUUAAUUAAAAAAAGUAGCUGGCAGUGAACCUCAACACCCUCCGGCAGCCAACGUCUUGCUUUGAAACCCCUGAUGUUUGAAAGGAAUUCAUAGGUUUAUAGUUUUGUUUAUAAAAUACCCUUUAGGUUGUACAAUUAUCAAACACAUCCCUGCAAUUUCACAUCUAUCAACUACAUGAUGGUGGACCAGGUUCUGAAGAACUAGAGGAUGAUAUCUCAGCUGCAAAUCAUUGGUUGCUACCUGCAGGUACAGUAUUAAGAUUGGGGGGGUAGUGGUGGUAAGAAUUUCUGGUUUAACCUAGAAUAACACUAUUUGCAAGUGAUAUUUCCUGGUUAUUUUACCUUCCUACCGGGAAUUUGGUUAUAAUUGACAAGAUGCCCUUGUUAAAAUAACCAGACUAUGCAUGUUAUGUGUCUGGAUAAAUUACCCUGGGGCCAGUUGUAUGAAUGCUGGACAGCCAGGAACAUUACAGUAAGUUACCCCAAACAGUUCAUUUCAGAUUAAACAAGAAAUGUUAGCCAAUUGCAAAUGGAGUCUACGACGCCAUCUACUGUAUCUUUGAUCUUUAACGACUUCCAUCACAUCCAUGACCAUAAAUCUUAGAUCAUGUAUCGCAUCUCCAAUAACAGAUCUUCUGUUCUCCUUUGUUGGACCUAGAUCGUUUUGCAAACAUUGGAAGUCAACCCAUUUUGAAACGGCUUUACAUAGUUUGACUUUGGUAAUAAAGAAGCACUUGCGCUUGCGCUUGAGUAUACUGGCUAACAUGUUCUUGCUAAUAUGCUUGAAACUUUCCGAAGUCACAAUGUCAUCAAAGUACAAAUUUAGUUCCUUCCAACAUUUCAUUUCUAAUCUUUUUUCGUCGGAAUAAAUGGCCCAUUCUAAAAUGGUCAAAACAUUUUUUUUCUCAUUCAUCUUAAAUCUCAGGACUUCAUCACACUUCUUGGAAAGGAAGGGUAUGACAUAUUUUUUUGACAGGGAUGCGACAGACAGAAUAUUGUCUCCUGUCAAAGUUAGUUCAUCUGUGUAGAGAAACCAUAAAAAUUGCUCCAGACUUUCCUCAUUAAUAUCAAUGUGAUGAAGAACUGAAUUCUUUUCAGCUAAGUCGCCAAAAAACAUUGUUCUGAAUACAGCACUACUUGUGCCCAAGACAUAUUUAUGUGCAUAGAACAUCUUGUCUGAACCUUUGCAAGUAAAGCUGACAUCACUCAUGUCAGGAUUGUUGAACAUAUGAGGGGUUCUUUGGAUUGUUGAUUGCCAGUCUAGAUGAGAUUGAGGUGAAUUUCUAAAUAUAUACAAAACAAAAUGUUAAAAGUAUGCAACACCAUAUAGAUAGCAGAUAUAGUGUAGUUUCUACCUCAAACGAUUGCCACUAUACAGCCUGUUUCAUGCAAGAGGAAUCAACAGAUUCAACAGGUACCAUGCUUCAUCCCUACCCCCCCCCCAAACCCCCUCCCAAAUUCUGGGGGGGAGCAUUUCCCAUUAUCAUUUUCCAAGUGAAUAUCAUUAUUAAUAUUAAACUGGUGAGUGGUAACUAUACAGUUUAAAGGCAUAUAACAUUAGUAUAAAAAUGGCUAUAAUCACUUUGAGGUGCAGUUGGUGAAUUAAUCCAGCAUUGACAGUCUGUACAAUCGAAGACAAACAUUAUGUAAUAAACUAUUCCAGUCCAUAAAAUCUGAUGGUACCAAUAAACUUUACCAACAAGAAUCUUGCCUCGAUCCCAUUAAGAAUUAUGUAUAUAAUCUAAGGCUAAGACAUAAUCCCAUGCUUACCAUACCCCAGCAGCGAACACUAAUCGAUUCAAAAGAACAUUCAUACCUGUCCAUCAAUGUCAAAUUUUUAGAAUUUUUUCCCUACACUUAACCUAAUUGUAAAUCAUUUCCUAAUUCUAAUUGUAAAUAGCUUCUUAUUUAUAUCUACAUUAACUAUUAACUUUUGUAACAUCUAUAUGCAAUUCAGGCUCACUUGGAAUAGGUAGGCAUGGGUUUGUGACUUAGAGGAGAGGGGAAUCCCCCCAAAUAAAACCCCUGAAAUUGGGGGGGGGGGGGAGCUGCCACCCAAGUCUCAAAACCUAAAAUAAUCCUGUCCAAGAGGAAUCAUCAGGUGGCUCUUGGAUGAAACAAGCUGUAGUGGCAACGUUUUGAGGUAAAAAUUAUAUUAUACCAUGAACUUGAAUCGUAUAUAUAUGAGCUGCUAUAGCCUACGAGGUGCUACGCAUGUCGGCUAUCAGCCAUAUACGACGAGAGCGAAUGGUUUGAUAAUAGGCAAUUCCCAUUAUAGACUAAUUUUAAAACUAGACAAGGAGAUGCAAAUAAGUAAAAUUACAAAGUUUGGUUGCGAAUUAUGUUUUAAAAUGCGGAAAAUAUAGCUUUGAAAAGUUGGCAAAUUUUGUCAAUACUUGCCCAAAUGCAUUUUAAUUUACUCAUUUUAGUAUGCUCUUUCUAGCUGUGGUGAUUUAUUAGCAUCUCCUUGCUAAUGGGAAUUGACAUCUUAUGGGGUCCAGUGACAUAUGGAUCAAGAUUGGGGUGGGGCUGUUGGGGUUAAGCAAGGGGAGUAAAAAAAUUUCCGGACAUACCAUUUUUCAGUAACUUUCAAAUUAAUGUACCAUAAUUUGUUUUAAUAUAUGUAGUAGAGAGUGAGAUACACAGUGAGAUAUUUUCCACAUCUUCACUAGUGAAGCUAUCGAUCACAUGACUUUUUCCAAUUUGCUUUUAAUUAAGUGUGAAAAAUUCAGUUCACAAUUUUUCGCUUGGGACUAUAUAAUAUACAGAACAUUACAUGGACUGGCUUGAAGAUAUGACUUUUAAAUCUAUAUAAUUAUUUUUUAUCUUUUCCAAUGUUUUAAUUUUAGGGGCCCAUGAUACAUGGCAGGGGCCCACAACAAGCUCUCAUCGGCUUGUCCCCAACAUGUCCCUGACUCCUGAGCAGGGCCGCCGAGAGGUUGGCAGGGGCCCGGGGCAAAUUUUUUUUUAGGGGCCCCUAUCUAAAAAAGUUUUUCCGGAAAAAUUUUUUUCCAGAGAACAACCUCCCCCCCCCCUAUAGCUUUUACGUUACAUCAAAUCAAAUUUUUUGGGACACCCACAUCAUUUCAAUAUUUUGCAGGUUUUUUCUUACUUUAUCACACUUUUCACGUUUUCGAAAUAUGUUGAUCUAAAGUUGUCAGCAAUUUGACUCUGUUGUAAUGGCUGAUAGUCUCUUCUCGUCGAUAUGGUCCACUUCAGAUUACAUAUUAAUUGAAUUCCAUGAAAUGUUAAAUUAGAGAAUGGAAUAAUUUCUUCAGGUGUAAGCAGACCAGAUGUUCCUACAAUUGCUACAAAUUCAUUCUCAUCCAUAGCAAAAAAUCUUAGAUCGUAUAUUGCAUCUCCAAUGAUGGAUCUUCUGUUCUCCCUUGUGAGAUCUAAACCUUUUUGCGAACAUUGAAAGUCAAUCCAUUUUAAAACAGCUUGAAACAAUUGAACCUCGGAAAUACUGAGGCUGUCACGCUUGAGUAUACUAGCUAACCUAUAAUGGCUAAUAUCCUUGAAACUUUCAAAAGUCACAAUUUGAUUAAUAAACAAAUCUAAAAACGCCCAAGAUUUAUUUUUUAAGUAUUCAUGGUCGAAAUGAUCAGCCCAUUCUAAAAUGGCCAACACAUUCUCGGCAUCCAUGCCUUUCACAAGGAGAUCAACACACCUCUCGGUAAGCAAGUGCACAAUAUAUUUCUUUGACAGAUACAUGACAGACAGAACAUUGUCUUCUGUCAAAUAACAUCUGCCUGUGUAGAGGAACCUCAAAAAUUCCUCCAGACCGUCCUCAUCAGUAUCGAUGAGAUGAAGAAUUGAAUUCUUCUCAGCUAAGAUGCCAAAAAACAUUGUUCUGAAUACAGCACUACUUGUGCCCAAGACAUAUUUAUGUGCAUAGAACAUCUUGUCUGAACCCUCACAAGUGAAGCUGAUAUCACUUAUGUCAGGAUUGUUGAACAUAUGACAGGUUCUUUCUGACAUGCUUUUCAUUGAUACAUGAGAUUGAGGUGAAUUUCCAUCGGCAUCGAGACGUCCUCUAACAUUGCGCCAGUCUUCUUCUGAAACUCGUUCCAUCAUUUUGCGUUUCUCUGGCCGUGGAUAACAACCUGACGUCAUAUUGCUGUACAAAUCUGCAAAACAAUUAAAUGAUUUCAAAGGUUUGUUGUCGAAGCACAUACUAUAAACUUAAACAAAUCCGGGACUAUGAAAAAUAAAAGAUGUAACUUAAGAUGAUGAUGAAAGAUGUUAGGCUAACCUUAUCCUUGGCCGUAAAAAGUGUGUCGUCAAAGCAGGUCAUGUGCUCAUGCAAAAAUUGUAUAUCUUGUCAAAAGAUGUGUUCGCAGCAUGCAUGUAGCAAGCUUGUCAACAAGUUGUAACAAUGUUGUUAGUUUGUGAAGUUGCUUCACAAUGAUUAGGUGUAAAAAGUGGACCCUUCACGUUGUCACUCACAACUUGAAGUUAACUUAUUGAAUUUAACAAGUUGUUAGAUAUUGCAGGGGUAAUUGCGUAAAAAGCUAGUACAGUUAACUAUACAGCUAGUGCAAAAGUUAACCAAUCAAAAUUGCAUAUAAAUACGUUCGGGGUUCGUUCAAGUGAGGCCAAAGCUGCGGCUGUUUAAAAAUAGACUGUAAAAAUAAACACUUUAAAAAAGUUUUUAUUGUCUAUGAUUAUCUAAGCUUUCGUCGUCAACAACAUCAUCAGAGAUAGAGAUGUGUUAAGAUUAGGUGUUAUAUAUACAAUAUGAAUAAUUAGGUUAAAAAUAUGAAUAAUUAGGUUAAAAAUGUAAAAAUGUAAUUGUAAAGUAAUUAUGGGCUAACAGAAAUCAAUUAACCAUUGUUAAGAAAGCUAGAAUAGUAAGUCUGAGUUUUGAAAAAUUGCAUAUGUUCAAGAGAACUACAGUACUAUUGAACUGCAAAAUAGUGGUCAAAUUUUUAGUUACAUGUUUUUUACAAUUGGCCCAGGAUGAUAAGAAGCUGUUCGAACAACUUGUAACAAGUCUGUUGAGUUUAACCUAAAUCACUAAAUGUAACAAAUUGUCAAGAAGCUGUUGACGACUUGUCAACAACCUGGGACAAGCAGUGCGAACAAUUACAGUAACACUGUACAUCCUGUUAACAAGUUGUUGAAACAAUGCUACAUGUAUGUCAGUCAAUCGACCAAUUUAUUUUACAAUAAUACUUAUUUACAUUACUUAUUUACUUUGAUCCUGACCUAAUAAGGGACUGGUGAUAAAGUAACUGCUAGGGUGGGCUGGAGGUAAAUCACAAAUUGUAUCAAUAAGUUUGGUGACCCAUCUUAGGAUGUAUAGAUAAAAAUUUCAAAGCCCUUAAUAAGCCCAUCUAUAAAUCUUACCAAAUUUAUAUCAUGACCGACCCACCCAAACUAAAUUGGGAAAAUACACUUUUAUAAUAAAAAAAAACUUGCAGGUAUGAACAUUGUAUUAAAUAUACACUGGUACUGUAUAAACAUACCUAAUUCCACCAAGCCUGAUCGUUAAUACAUUCAUGAUUCAUCACCAAUUACGAUACUGAGCUGCUCUCCACUCUUCAGUUGGUUGUAUUUGCUGUGAUUCGACCACUUCUUGUUGUUGUAUAAAACAAAGUACUGGCUUCAAUAGCAACAUUUACAUUGAUUUCACAUUUGACAAUUUGGAUAGUUUUGUUAAUACGUUUAUUUAUAUUAAUAUCUUUACUUUUGUAUCUGCGAAGCAGAUAUAUUGUUAUCGCAAACGUGCAUUGACCUGUACAUUGAAUGAAUGCAAUGAAUCAAAUGAUGCCAACCUCGUUCUGUCAGGGUUUUUAUACGCCUCUUGCAUACCUGCACAGAGAUGUAUUAGUAAUGACGUCACUGAUCACCCCGGGUUUACUUCCGUCACACACCCAGAUUUUGUUACACACCUAGAUUUUGUCACACACCCUUUGUCACACACCCAGAUUUUGGGUAAAAUAGAAUAUUGCUAACUAGGGUCGGGGGAGUGAGUAUGUUUGUCACAAUUAAUUAGAUCGCUUAGCUCUAUAAAUAUAAACAACGAAGUAGCUAUUUGUACUGCAGGCUGCUCCAUUUUAAUACUGUUCUAGAACAUUUGGAACACUGUUCUGGAACGAUAUAAAAUGGAGUGCACACGGUGUUCUGGAACAGUGUUUAGUUUAUUAUAUAUGCGUGCAACCAUGCAUUACUAUAUUCAUUAUUAUUCGCAUAAUAAAGCGUAUAAUGAUUCGCUGUUAUUUGUACAUCUACGUAUGCUUUUGCAACGUUUUUACUCGUUGAUUUUGCCCAACCGUGGCGUUCAAAUAGCAUAUGAUAAGUAUAUGUAUGUUGAAAUAUAGCGGUUAACCCUUCAAAAUAACGCUCUAUACAGUGUGCAUUGGAUACACAAAAUAUGUCGCCUCAUUUCCAAUCACGUGAAAAUAGGCAGUGUCACGUGUCUGUUCUGGCUGCCCCUACUCGAAAAUCGGGGUAGUCAGAACAGUUCAGAACAGUCAUGUGAUUCUCUUCUGUUCCAUUCCAUUAAAGUUCCGAAAUUCUGGAGUACUCCGAACAGUAAAUGGAGCAGCUUGCUGGAGUAUGGCACCCGAUUCUUACAUUUCGUAAAUUAGUAAUACAAAUAGUUUUUUACAACAGGCAACAGCUUUCGGCGAGCUUGCCGGUAGCGUAUUAUUGGGUUACACUAUAAGGCAUUAUGCAGUGAAUCAGACGGGGUGUCAACCUUGAAUGUAUUGAUGCUUAUGCUGUACUAGAGUGAGAAAAUAAUACGAAAUUCCAUGUAUCUGCCACCAAACACAAAGUUAAUACAUAAAACGAACAAUCGACUCACUCUGAUAACUGUGAUUUGUUUUAGAGUUGAGCCCCCGUCACUUUUGCGACGUCAUAUGAAACCUAAUAAUUCAUGAGGAAAAUACAGAGAAAAAUCAUAAGCGUAUCGUAUCUUAAUAUGUGAUAACUUUGAUUUUCUUGACUUACACAACAUACUUUUUGAAAAUGACUUCGCCAAUGAACUAGAUUGAUCGUUUUUGAAUCAAUUUAAAACAUUGGCAGUGCCUAAAGAUACUCGGCUUUAAUUUUACGGUUGAAGUGUCAGGUUUCCAUUGGGCAAUCGCUUCAUUAUACAGAAAAACAAUAUGUUCUCUGACUGUGAAAGUGCACAAAUUUCCAUAAAGGUGCCGAGACACGAAGGGUUUUGGUGCAGGGACAUGUUGCAGCGACAAGUCAACUACCAGCGACAAAAUCACACGCAAUACACACAAGGGGCAUGUGCCAGGGACAAAAUUAUGUCCAAAAACACCAGGGAUUAUUUUACAGGGACAUGUUGCAGCAUCAUGCACACGAAAUGUCAUAUGGCAUCGCUGCAACGUUUUGUUCCCGCAACAAGUCGUAUAAGGUUCAACAAGUUGAACUACUUGCAACAUGAUGGCGGGACAAAAUUUGCACAAAAUAAAUGAUUUUUUCCACCCCUGGAUACAUGCCCGCAUCGCAUACCUAUUUUUCGAAGUAGACAUGGGUUUUUGUUUGGUGGCCCAACCGUGGACGUACAAAAAAGUUGGCGGCCCAUCGAAACCGCACAAAGAUUUUCCAUGCAUGGCACAUCCCAAAUCUCUCUGGUUCACCCUAGCAGUUACUUCAUGACCGGUCCCUAAGUGCAUGCAGCCUAGCUGCAAUAACCAUGCAUAGGCUAGGGUUAGACGAGGCAGGUAGCGUAAUAUAUUUAUAUAAUUAUAAUAUAUAUAUAUCAUAUAUCAACCCUGGGUUAGCCUAAAAUUCAAACAACUUGUUGGGAAGUUUCGGAAAUAUUUCUUCAAAUUCUGGAAGUCUGGAACCCAAAAUUGAGUGCAGUCACCCUCAAAGUCUACUCUUCUGUCCGAAGAUUAUAUCAUUUGUAUUAUCAUUUUAUCUAGCCUUUUGAAUGAUGGUUUUUAAGCCGCAUUUCAGCCCUUUUAAUUGAAAAAACUGACUAGGAAAAUCAAUUAAGCAUAUUUCAAGAUCAGCGACUACUUAAUGUUUUUAACAUUUUAAAACAUUUUUAUUGUUAAAAAACAUUGAGUUUACUAAUGUUGAAUUAUGCAUAAAAUUGAUUUUCCUAGUUAGUUUUUUCAAUCAAAAGACUGAACUGUGCCUUUAAUUAUGACUUUUUACGUUGGAUUAUAGACGAAUUUCAUGGUUUAUGGGAAAGUUUGCUGUUCGAUUCAGAUGUCAAGCACCAGGUUGGUCGCGUUGGGAACUUCUGAUUGCGGCAUGCGCGGUAUUUCAGGCAACAACAUUCUACAGAUUGUUUCAUUUAAUUUGUUUACUACAAUUUACCAUAUACUAGUAUCCUUAAUUCUUAAAAUUCCAAGAUAUUUUAAGGUAAUUCAACAACACACGGGUCUGCAAACAAGUUGUUACAAAUCUGUUCACAAGCUAAUGACAACACUGCACUUGUGUUCGCUCUGCAUGUUCCAAGUUGUUGUAACAAGUUUGGAACAAGCUGUUGACAGCUUGUAACAAACUUGGUGGCAUUAUCAGACUUACAAGGUUGUUCUAACAAGUCUGAUACAGUCAUGAUAUAGGGUCAUGACGACGACACAAGGUUGUAACAAUAUUGUUACAUCACGACUGCAUCGGACUUGUUGGAACAACCUUGUAACAAGUCUGAUAAUGUCAUCAACAAGGUUGAAUUACAGCUUGCUCCAAACUUGUUGACAACUUUGGCAAAACGUUUAACGGACAAAAUUUUGACUUUUCUGACUUUUGGCCAACAUGAAAAACCAGUACAGUGGCUACACUGUAUAACAAAAUUUGAUCGGGGAAAAAACAAAUCAAAAUCAAGUUAGGUAGGUUAUGGAACAUUUUGGAUUAAAAGGGAUAUAGGGUAGUAACGCUAAUGUCUUAGUAAUGACAAAACUGCGGAUUAGUACUGUAUACCUGAAAAAUAUCCAUAUCAGUAAGCAGAACUUCAAACGUUUCGAAGUUCUGCUAUCAAUCCGUUGCAGUUCUCUGGAUUGAAAGGGGCCAAUUUAAAAUCUUCAUGUUUCAAUAUUUUCUUUUCUACAUAGCUGUUGCAAUAUGCUGCCACAACGUUACUUUUUUCUGACAG